AAAUGUUGCUAUGACUACUGAAACCUUGGUGACCAAACUAAACAGAAAGGAGAGCCUUACCAGUGUCCCCACACUUAGCAUGUCUGAAGUAGAUAUGUCUUCGGAAAGAAUGACAAAACUAGAAGAGAAUUUGCAAAGAGCCGUGGCACUGAAGAAGACUGUCAACAGGUGGCGGAAUUUUCAUAUACACUGUAUGUGGCAGAUGACAUUGGACCAACGGAGAAACCUAUAUGCUGUUCUAAGGAUGAAGGAUACUAUGGAUCAGGAAUUAGCACUGUCCAACAAACAGCUACUGGUGGUCCGUCAAGCUGCCUUACACGAGCUGUUUGAAAAGGAAUAUCAACAGUACCAGCGGGAACUCAAUCGUAUGGGCAAAGCUUUUUAUGAGGAGAGACUCUGACAGCUGCUGAAACAUUGUUCUUCCAUCUCUGUGCCUGCCACCCAGCCUUCAUUCUUUACCUUGAGCUUCCCAAAACACACCUGGACCUGGAACUUAAAUCUCUUUUUCACUGUAAAGUCAACUUAAAUGUUGCCUCUGGAAACAAGAGUGACACCUUGUGGUCAGUGUGGGAUAUUCACUGUUGUAAGGGGAUAGUAUGUACAGUGUCUGGAUUUAAAAAUCUGAUUUGAUUUAACAAAUAAAGCUAGCUCUUAAAGGU